GUCCGCUUUUCGCUCCGCGUGGUCGUCUCGACCACCGACCAAUUCGCUUCGCAAACCCUAAUUCCCCACCACCUCCAAAGCCCUAGCUCCUCUCCCCCUUCUCCUUCCUCAUCCCCCAAUCACCUCGGAUCCACCCAUUCUCGCGCUCCCGAUGUCGAAGGAAUCAGCUCCGGGAUCGAAUUCGUUUCCUCCGUCGUCGUCGUCGUCGUCGUCGUCGCAGUAUAGCUACCCCUCCGCGGCUCCUCACUUCCCCCUCCCCUUCCAUCUCCAAAACCCUGGUCCCACGGCGUCGCAGCCCUAUCUCCCGCCGCCGCAGAUCCCUCCUCCUAUUAAGAUGCCUCCGCCCUUCGUUCCGGCGUACCCUCCCGCCCCAGCCGCCGCCCCGGUCGCCCCCGGUGUCUACACGCUUCCCCAGUAUCAGCAGGCACAACAACUGUUUCAAAGGGACGCUCAAACUAUUACACCAGAGGCGCUAGAAAGUGUGAAAGCUGCUUUAGCGAGCAGUGAAGUCGAGCACAAAGCGGAAACAAAGAAGAGGGCGAUCCCGCGGAAAGCUGCUGGGCAGAGUUGGGAGGAUCCGACGUUGGCUGAAUGGCCAGAGAAUGACUUCCGUUUGUUCUGUGGAGAUUUGGGGAAUGAAGUUAAUGAUGAUGUUCUUUCAAAGGCAUUUUCAAGGUUUCCCUCCUUCAACAUGGCAAGAGUAGUACGGGAUAAGAGAACUGGAAAAACCAGGGGUUAUGGAUUUGUCAGUUUUUCAAGCCCUUCUGACCUUGCAGCUGCAAUAAAAGAAAUGAAUGGCAAGUAUGUUGGAAAUCGUCCUAUCAAAUUGCGCAAGAGCAACUGGAAAGAAAGGACUGAUGUUGACGCUUUGGAAAGGCAGAAGAACCACAUUCAGAAGAAACCGAAAUUGCAAAAGAAAAGUGUCCUGCAUAAGUGAAAGCCUCAUGGAUUCUCACCCGUUAUUUCACUCGCCGGCUCCUGCUUGAUUGUUGGACAAACUGGAGCACCGUAAACUGUCUGAGCAAGUUUGAGAGUUGCAAGAUGGACAAAAGCAAAAGACAGCACUGAGAUCCUGUUGUGGCGCUCGCGUGUGAGAGAUCACUCCGUUGAUUAAUGGCAGCUCAAUCUGUUAUUUUCUUUUACUCUCUUGAUUUUCAAAUCAACAGAAAUUAAAGGAUUUCUGACCUUUGUGCACUUGAUAUUGUACUAUUGUGCUACACAAUCUAUUCAGAUUCGAGAUAGGAUGUGACCCAUAUUUUUCUAAAAUAUCUAACGAAAUAUGAUAUUUUAUUUUUUUUAUUUAAA